GUCGCUAUAAACGAUCCGGCAGGCAACACUUCCGCUCCUUUCCUAAAAUGUUUUCCCCAUCCCCUUUUUUUUCCCCCGGGAUGAUCCCGAUGAUUCCUCCGAGGCUUGGAAUUGCUGUAGCUGAUAUGGCUGUGGGAGACUCUGGACGUGCGGCUGCCUUUUAUUCCCCCUUUCCACCCACCCCCAAGAGAUGUCCCACAACGUUCUCUAUCAUAGCCCUACUUAAGCGACCCAGAUAAAACACUCGAUCAGCUGUUGCUGCAUUGGUAGAAAUGCCCAGUGAUGGGGAAAAGCUGCAUAAGCAACAACAAAAAGUGUAGAGAUUUCAAGGGCAGAGGUUCUAUAAAUAAGUUGGCUUCUAUUGACAGUAUUCAUAUCCACAGGGUCCAAACGGGGAGAGACAGCUCUUUUUAGUAUGACUUAGUUUGGUAAAAAAAAAUCUAUUUCUAUUAAUGAAAGGAGAUCAGGUGAGCCUGGAUUUUCGAUCAAUUGAGUUUGUUGACUUGUAGCCAACAUUUAAUCAGGAUACUUGAAUGUUUCAGCGACCGUUGGCCCUGUUUAAUAUUGAUGAGAAUGUAGAUUUUUACCGGUAAUACAUAUAUAAGCUUUCUUGCGAAUUUCCUGAAACAGUGCCCAUCUUUUGAUAUUUUUACAAACAUAGCCAGGGUUGGGUGGUUGCUGCUGAUUUAACAUUUUGCACUUGAUAAUGUAGACUGGAAAGAGGGUAAACUUAAAAUCAUGGCGGGGAAAAAGAAGACUCUUGCUCUUGAUGGAAAAAGAGCGAUCACGUGGGAAAUCUCUGAUUCUGAAGAAGACAGUGACGUUAAGCCAGAAUCCUCAACUGCUUUUGUAAUUCAUUCAGAUGUUGGAGCUCAGGGCUGCUCAGACAAACAAAAAUUAGAGCUGGGCAUGGCUCUGCUUGAGGCAAAAGCAGUUCCUUUGCUUAUACCAUUGACACAAAUCGUAUCCUGUGAUUCAAGGCCUGAGAAAAAAAAGAAAAAGCAGUCCCUGGGAAAAAACAAGAUGGCCCAGAUAAAAAUAGAAGAAAAAAAGAAGAGUGUGCACAAGAAAGAAGAGAAAAUGAAGAUAAAACAGCAGAUUGCAGCUGAGAAAGAGAGACGGAAAGAAGAAGCAGCUGCCUUGAAAUCCCUUCGGCCUGAUCAGUGCAUGAAGCAAAUGAUUGUCUGUGUGGAUUCAGGUUUUUUAGAGCACUCUGGCUCUGAUAUCUUGCUGGAAGUUUUGGACUCUUUGGACUGUAAAUACCAUAUUGAGCAUCAGAUCAUUCCACACAGCAUAACCUGGAAGAGAAAAGUCUUUAGUAGCUUGUCUGCUUCAGACAGUUGCCAAGAAGAGACUGCCGUGGAAAGGGAGGUCCUGUUAGUGAUGCAGCCUUCAUCCUUCCUCAGACAACUUUCAUCAAUGCAGAACGCAAGUCCUGAUGGCCAGCAGAGCGUACCAGAUCUCACUCAUCUGUGUCCCUUUCACAAUUUGGAAGAUCCUUCUACAAAAUCUUACAGUGUGGUUGUCAUUGGACUGGACACCUAUCAAUGGUAUCAUCAGCUUCCGCAAGAAGGACGUGUCUCUGGACUGGAGAAUGAAACAUGGCAGCUUGGUCCAGAACAGUCCAUGACAUGGCAUCAAAUCGAAGAGGCUCUGGUGGUGUUGCAACUCCGGGGUAACAUAAAUGUCCUAUUCCUGGAAACAUGGCAAGAAUUGGCCCAGCAUGUUUCUGCGAUGACCAGAGCUAUAGCACAGCGUCCUUAUAAGAAACAUCAGGAAAAGCAGACUUUCUCCUUCUGUGUCAAAGGCAAGUGGGCUAGUGGUGUGCAUAUCGGCAAGGACGGGGAAGGGCUCCAAGAGACCUGGCUGAAACAGAUCCAGCAGUUCAACCGAGUCAGCCCAGCCAUGGCAACAGCUAUUGCCCAAGCCUACCCUUCGCCAAGCCUGCUGCUACGGGCCUACCGGGAAUGCGAUACAGAGGCAGAAAGACGACUUCUCCUAAGCAACCUCCAGGUCAGAACUGAGGACAAUAAAACAAAGAGACGGAUCGGGCCAGACCUGUCUCGCCGGGUCUACCUUUUCAUGGUAUCUACAAAUCCAGAGCUUGUUCUCGAUUUAAGUUGUUGAAGCACCUUGUUGUGCUGUUCUGACCACUGGGGUCAUAGCUCCUUCGCCUUAUAGCUUACUGCCAAAGCUACAGGAUUUAUUGCAGAAAUGGGAGUUUGGCAAAAUCAAUAAAUGUCCUUGUGCACAAAGGUUAUCAAUGA